AUGAUUUCGAUAGGAUGUCUGAGUAAUCAGUUCCAUCUUUCGCAAACAAUCAAACACCUUUUUCGUGGGCAAGGAAGGUUAUGCAUCCUUAACGCUGAAAAAUUCACUACAUCAGAAUUAAAAGAGAUAUUACGACCAUUACUGGAAACAGGACAACCAGCCGAAUGGAAACCAUGCGAUUUUUGCCCUAUAUACUUCUACGUUAAAUGGAGUGCGUAUUCAGUCCUUGCAUAUUUCAAUAUACCUUCUAAUUUUGUUCCUUCUGAAGAUUUUUUCCUUUCUUUGCUUGACAAGAGUCCAUUCCAAUGGAUGAAUAAACUUGGAGAGUAUCUUAAAUUAGGAAUUACCCAGAAAAUUCCAGAUUUGGAAGUUCAAGGUUUCCUUGACAUCUUAGUCAUGCUUUAUUCAUACUUACCUGGAUUGUAUACAGCAAUUCAGUCAACAAUCAACAGAGUUUUAUCGAAAAUUCCCGGACCUACUUUAUUUUCUUAUUUAAAACUCGAUUUAUUCAUAUUAAAAUCAGAUAUCAACAAUGACAUUAUACAAUACUUUCCAAUCGAAUUCCUGCAACAGAAAUAUAUGAAAGAAUUUGCCCCAUUAUUAGUUUUAUUGAAAAAUCCGAUGGACGUAAUGAGAUUGCAGUCACUUGCAAUAUACAGCGAACCGUAUCCAAGGAAAUCUACACUAUUUGAACAAAAUCGAAUCUUUUCAUUAAUAAACCAAGUCAUUCGAAAAAAUAAAAUGGGAAAUACAACGCAUUUUCUCGACGAAAUCAUUACAUACUCAAUCAGAGAACUCAUUGCAGGAAACUACGAGGUAUCACAUGACAUUGCUAACGAUUUACCUUUGUUUUAUCCUUAUAUUGUUCUGGCAUCUUAUCAAACUCAGCCUGACCAGCAGAAAUUCGUCAAGAUAUUGGUUUCUGUCAUGAAAACAACUAAACAUAAGGUACUAACAUCAGUUUAUGACGCAAUGAACAAUGAUCAAAAUUUAUUAUCAUUAUUAUACAAAAUUACAGGCAACAAAGUAACUUUAAAGACAUUUGAGACCAAAUCUGUUCCAUUCAUCUUAUAUCCAAUGAUGGAUUCCCUUUCUGUCGCUCAAUUAAAAUCAAUUUUUGGAAAAUCUCUGUUUAACAUCAGUGAUAGUGAUAGAAUGAAAGAUUCUUCAUUCAUGUAUGCCUAUUUCGCACUCAUUGAAGUCAUGGGGAUCAUCAUUGGCCGCAAGAAAUCAAAUAAAUUAACUUAUUACCUCGAAAUGAUCGAAGAUGAUGAAGUAAUGGAUGCUGUCAUCAUAGACAUCAUGUCCUUGAUUUUCCUACAAGUCGGAACCCAAUAUAUCUGCGAUGUUGAAAAAGCAGAAUUAAUCUUGUCUUCAAUUACUGGUUUCUUGAAUAAUCCUGUCCUAUUUAACUCAGCAAACAUGAAAUUAACAUACGCAAGAGUCAGAGGUUUCCAGGACUUGAAAUCUUGCUUGGUUCACCCUCAAACCGUCAUUUUGUCACUUUUGAAAAAUUCAGAAUCAGACAUUGCUCCAGCCUUACAACUUUGCCAAGGGAACAAAAGCACAUUAGAUAAAAUAUUCUUGAUAAAAGAGAUCAGAGAGCUGAUGAAAGGCAAAUUCGUUUGGCAAAUCGAGAUAAACAACAGAGAUUUGCUUGGAAUUGAAUAUUUCUUGUCAUUUGGAGACUCAAUUUUACCAUUAAACUCCGAUGACAAUGAUAUAAAGAUUGUUGUUGAGAGGAGAAAGGAGUUUAGGAAUCAAGAAGCAUUAGACAUCAUCCAAACAGAUUCUUUGGCAAGCGCAAUCCAAUUUUACGACAUUGGUUUCUUUGAAGGAAAAGUUUUUCCGAAAUACAAUUUGUUUUCAAGUUUUUGUUCUUACAUUGGUUUGAUAAAGAAGUUGAGUGGCUUCUCAACGAAUGUUGGUGCUCAAUCAAUCGUUGAUAUCCUUAAUAACUCAUCAAACUAUUCGUGGGAAGACAUAACAACAUUAUUAGGACCAAACGCUUUGGAAGUCGCGUUGCAAUUUUCUAGAAGGAUUUUAUUGGAUUCUGUUUUCUUCAAAUUGCUGAAAACUAACUUCCCUUUGGUAGCGAUUGCGAUUGCUGUUGAUAGAAAACAAGAUAGCGGAAUGUUUGUUUCUCAAAUUAUUGCAAAAUAUACUUCUAAUUUUAAAAAAGUGACAAUCAAAGCAAUUCCAAGAAAUUUGUCAGAAGUUUUUGAAAUUAUUUAUUAUUACGAAGACAAUUUCAUGGAAAUUCCCAAUGAUAUACUUAAAAUAUGUGCUGAAAUUGCUAUUAAAGAAAGAUCUGUUAAAGCAAUGAAUUUAAUUUGGGAAAAAGAUGAAACAUUGUUUAUCGGAAUGAAUCCUCUCGAAUACACUACAUCUGAAAUAUCUAGAUUACAUGUUUUCUCAUAUAUAAGAACUGUAAGAGCUCAAAAAUUAGGUUUGACAUACUUCACGCCCGUAGAAACUGUUGUAAACACAUUUAUUUACUUUGGUGAUUUCGUUGGCUUGUACGAGUUCUCUGAAGAUUUUAGAGUUAAUAUUCUAAAUCAAUUGACAAUGAUUUGUAAACAGAAUCCAGAAAUUGUUGAAAAAUUGAGGAAUUCUCCGAUAAAAUUAUUCAGAGAUUUGACAAAACAAUUUCCACAAAAAGAGAGCUAUUCUUACUACGAAACACUCAAACAAGAAUUCGAGAAGAUCAUUCCAAAUCCAUCAAAAGUUUAUGAGGAUUUACCAAAAGUCAUAAAACUCUUCAAAAACAUAAAAAGAGAAAAUUUGCCACCACAAAAUUUGACAGAAUAUUUUGUCAAAAGAAUUGUUGAACAAGUAUCAUUUUUAACUGUAUUUUCUGGUGGCUUAGAAGCACGCGCAAACGUAAUGAUGCAAAGAUGCAACAGAGUACUCGAAAAGAUGAGAGAUAUAACUGGAGAAUCAACAAUUGACAAAAUAAUUACUUUGUCUCAAUUUGUGUCAAUUUUCCCGUUUACAAAAACCGCCAAAAAAUAUGACUUCCAUGAUUUUCAAGCAGAGAACAAAGGCUAUGUUUUUGCUACUAUUUGUUCAGAGAUGAACCAAAGACAAUUGAUGUUACAAUUUUGCGCUUUGUGGAGAUUAGAUUUUUGUCCAUUUCUUUUUAAGAGAGCGAUUGUUUGUUUCAGACAAUCGUUUAUAGACGAAGGAGUUAAGGAACUAGAGAUGGUCAAGACAGUUGUUUUCUCUAAUCACGCGAAGAUCUCAAGUGUUUCUACGGAAUCAAAAGAAUUGAUCGAACAAAUGAUUCAAAUUUUGAGUGGAAAUUUGUUGUUUGACAUGAGAGAUGAAGUGAUCAAACAAGAUCGCGAAUGGAAGGGAAGAAGAGGAGAAUUGUAUGAAGCAAUCAUGGAUGUAUUCAGUAACGAAUGCCUCAUGUACAUGACUAAACAUAAAAAUACUUGUGACAUAAUGCAAUACACAUUUAAAUUGUUGGAAAGUAUUGACACUUUUCCAAUUUUGAAUAGAUGGUCGACCAAUUUAAACAGUGUCACAUUCAGCUCCAAACAGAUGAAAUCUCUUUGCGAAUGCUUGGCAUCGUUUAAUGAAAACAGACGUUUGAUUUAUUUGUUGUCAACUUUGGGAGAAUUUGAAACGGUUUUCUCUCAAUUAGAAAAAGUGCCACAACAAAAACGGAUGACCAUGUUUAGAAGCACUAUUGUUUAUCCAGCAUUGGCAAACUCAAACUGGAACAAACUCUGGAGAUUGGUAUACAAAUCUUUAGCGUCAAGAAUCAGUUUUAUUGAAAUUUUCUUCCAAUUUUUGUCGAAGAGCAACAUGACGCGAACUUUGUACGACAUCCAAAUGAAACUAGGACUUUAUGAAGAUGCGAUUAAAUCUGCUGUCGAAGGUUAUCAUUUGGCAAACAAAUGGUCAACGUGUUUGCAAAUUGUUCAUUGUAUAAAAGACGGAUUAAAGAAGAGAAUUUCAUCGGAACAAAGCGAAAUUGCACAGAAAAGAAAUAUUCUUUCUUUGGAAAACCUUUCAAUGAUGUUGACAAGGACACAAGUACAAGAAAGUAUCGUUAAUUAUGCAAUGAAAAACAAACUUCCGUUUAAUCCUGAUUUGGAAAUCAUCAGAUCAAGAGAAAACGCGGAAUCAACAGCUGUAUUUCUUCUGAAUAACCAUGAGUAUUCUUUGGUUUUCGAUGUCUUGAGUACUGGUGUUCAACCUACAUCUGUUUUCAAAGAAUUUGUCAGAAAACUGGCGAAAAACGGACCAAUUGCAUUGAACAAAUACUGUCUUGCAAUGAAUAUAAAGGAUGAAGCGUUGUAUGAAACAACAGUUUCCAAUAUAAUGUCGGCAAUGUCACAGUUGACAACUGACAGGAACUCUUUGAGAGCGUUCAUUGACACAUGCGUGAAAACAGAGAGAGCAAAGAUAGGAAUUUUCAUGCAGAAUAGAUUUUUGAUUGACGCAUUGAACUUGAUGAAGAAGAAGCGAAAGGAGUACAUUUUGCAGAUUAAGAUGGCCAAGGAUAUGGCUGAAAAGGUCGGCGAUAAUGCUGCUAGAGAUUUAGCACUAUCAAUGAUCAAAUAA